AUGAGCAGGCCCGGCAUCUAUGUGGGUUCUGGGGAUCCAAACCCUGGCCCUGCGGGGGUUGUGCAACAAUCAUACCUGCUGUGCUUCCUCUCCAACUCCCUUUGUUUUUCACAAGAUUAUAAGUUACAAGGGCUGCACCGGCAAGGCUUCCUCUUGCCUACUCAAAGAGAUCUCAAGCAGCUCCCAGUUGAGGACAUGCCUGAAGUAGAAAGGGAACUAGAAGAUCAGGCUAAAAGUGAAGUAUCUAAUGAACAAGGGAUGGUAGAGAGGCCUCUGGUGAAGCCCAAGAUUGUCAAAAAGUGGACCAAGAGGUUCCUCAGGCACCAGUCAGACCAAUAUGUCAAAGUUAAGCGAAACUGGCAGAAACCCAUCCACAACAGGGUUCGGAGAAGAUUCAAGGGCCAGAUCCUGAUGCCUAACGCUGGUUAUGGGAGCAACAAGAAAACCAAACACACGCUGCCUAGCGGCUUCUGGAAGUUUCCGGUCCACAAUGUCAAGGGGCUGGAAGAGCUGCUGAUGUGCAACAAAUCUUACUGCGCUGAGACUGAUCACAGUGUUUCCUGCAAGAACCGAAAAGCCAUCCUAGAAAGAGCAGCGCAGCUGGCCACAAUGGUCACCAACCCCAACGUCAGGCUGCGCAGCGGAAAAAAUGAGUAG